CCUAACGCUGCCCCCCAAACAUGGCUACUCUGCUUUUAUUAUAUCUCAUCUGCUCUAGGGCAAUGUGCCUACAGACUUCACAGCCUCAGAUACUUCCUCAGAAUUAAAAUACAAACAGCGCGCGUUUGACAAUGUGCACGUGAUACUGUACGCCACUGUCCCCUCCCCCUGGUUUCCGCUUCCUCCGCUCACACUUAUGGCUUCGGGCUGUCCCUCCGAGGACAUGGAGGUGACGGGAGGCUGCGAACAUUACUCCCGGAGCUGUCAACUAAGGGCACCUUGCUGUGGAAAAUUUUAUACAUGCCGCCUGUGCCAUGACAGCAAAGAGUCACACAAGAUGGACCGUUUUAAUGUCACACAAGUUCAGUGCAUGGAAUGUAAAUGUGUUCAAAAGGCUCAGCAGACAUGUGAGCAAUGCCACAUGGUAUUUGGUGAUUAUUACUGCAAUAUAUGCCACCUAUUUGAUAAGGACAAGAAGCAGUAUCACUGUGAUGGAUGCGGCAUAUGCAGGAUUGGUCCAAAAGAGGAGUUCGAACAUUGUACAAAAUGUAAUUUAUGUUUACCACUGAGCCUCAGAGGAAACCAUAAGUGUAUAGAAAAUGUAUCAAGACAAGACUGUCCAAUAUGCCUAGAGGACAUACAUACCUCACGUGUAGGUGCACGUGUCCUGCCUUGUGGUCAUCUUCUUCACAGUACUUGUUAUGAGGACAUGUUAAAACAAGGAUACAGAUGCCCCUUGUGUAUGCGUUCUGCUCUGGAUAUGACCAGGUACUGGCGUCAGCUGGAUGAUGAAGUGGCUCAGACCCCAAUGCCCUCUGAAUAUCAGAAUAUGACCGUUGAGAUCCUAUGCAAUGACUGCAGCUCCAGAUCCACAGUGCCGUUUCACAUUCUCGGAAUGAAAUGUGAAAGUUGUAGUUCAUAUAACACUGCGCAAGAAGGGAAGACACUAACGCAGACAGCCAGGGAAUGACCUGCCGGAAACCAUCAUUGGCAUGGGUUUUUGUAAAUGAAGUCUUCUGAACCAGCAGUGUGAACACUUGCCUUGUGCCUCAUCUGGAGUCAUCACUUAUAUUGUGUUCAUUUUCAUCAUGGUACUUGAAAAUAAGCUUUAUUUUCUUUCUCGAAUCUCCUUUAAAAUAAAUAUUUAUUCAAAAA